CUCAAUUCUCAAGAAAUGACCCGAUGGGGACUUUGUUUGCUCCUCUCCUCUGUGACCUCCAAGCGACUACGAGAGACCAUGGAAACCCUUUUCAGAGUCUCACUUCGUCUUCUUCCGGUUUCCGCCGCCGUGACAUGUCGCGCAAUCCGUUUCCCCGUUUCAAGACCCUCUCCCUCACACUUUCUGAACCGUAGUAGCAGUAGUCUGUAUAAGUUUUCAUCUUCCUCCUCCUCAGUGAAGACAAAUGCUGGUUGGCUGUUGGGUCUGGGGGACAACAAGAAGAAGAAGAAGCAAACGAAUUUACCGGAUAUCGUAGCGGCUGGAGACCCGGUUCUGCACGAGAAGGCCCGAGAGGUUGACCCGGAAGAAAUCGGGUCGGAGCGUGUACAGAAGAUAAUUGAUGAUAUGGUCAAAGUCAUGAGAUUGGCUCCUGGUGUUGGCCUUGCUGCUCCUCAGAUUGGUAUCCCCUUAAGAAUUAUUGUUUUGGAAGAUACAAAAGAGUAUAUAAGUUACGCACCAAAGGAGGAGGUUCUUGCUCAACAAAGGCGUCCUUUUGAUCUUAUGGUAAUGGUGAAUCCGGAGCUGAAGGGGGUUGGCAACAAGAAAGCUCUCUUCUUCGAAGGAUGUCUGAGUGUUGAUGGAUUCAGAGCUGUGGUGGAGAGAUACCUUGAAGUGGAAGUCACAGGCUACGAUCGUCAAGGAAAGAGAAUCCAAGUGAAUGCUUCGGGCUGGCAAGCGAGGAUUUUGCAGCACGAGUGCGAUCAUUUGGAUGGUAAUCUUUAUGUGGAUAAGAUGAUACCACGCACUUUCAGGACAGUCGACAACUUGGACUUGCCUCUCGCAGAUGGCUGUCCUAAACUCGGUCCUCGAUGACCCAGACAGAUUCUUUGUUAUGUAAUGUUUGAUUCUUUUACUUUCUUAAAUUUAAAAGUUUGGCCAGA